AUGGGAAAGAUGAAAACCUUAGACUAUUUUUACAAAAGAAAGGCGGAUGAUAAAGAAACUAAUCAUGAAAGUGAAGAGAGUAAACAUCACAAAGUUUCAACAAGUGAGCCACAACCGCAAGAAACGGAAAAUCAACAAGAGAAUGGGCCACAACCGCAAGAAAAUGAUAAACAACAAGAGAAUGAGCCACUACCACAAGAAAAGGAAAAUCCUAAUGAAGUUGAUUUGAAGAAUCUAGAAAGAGAUCUCGCUAAACGAAAGCAAAUGUGGGAUUAUCCAGUUAAUUUAAGAGAACAAGUGAGACGAGCUUAUCUGAAUUUAGGACCUUUCCAAAUACAUCUUAAGGAGUAUCAAGCUAAAGGUUCAACAAAACAUCCUCGUAGAUUCAAAUAUUCUUGGUUUAACAUUUUCCCUAAUUGGCUAGAAUAUUCUUCAACAACACAUGCUUCUUAUUGUUUUAUUUGUUAUAUAUUUAAUGAUAAACCAAGUGUGUGUCAUGGUUACGAUGCAUUUACUGUUAAAGGAUUUGACAAUUGGAAAAAAGUUAAUGAUGGGAAAAAUUGUGCAUUCUUGAAACAUAUUGGUUGCUCACAACAUAGAAAUGUUGUUGCAUUUGUUGAAAACUUGAUGAACCAAGCAGCUCACAUUGAAAAUAUCAUAGUGAAGCAAAAUGAAGCACAAAUAUUGAAGAACCGUUUACGCUUAAAAGUGUCAGUUGACACAGUUCGAUGGUUGUCCUUCCAAGCUUGUGCUUUACGAGGACAUGAUGAAACUCUUGAUUCCAAAAAUCAUGGUAAUUUUCUCCAACUUCUAAAACUUCUAGCAUCGUAUAAUGAUGAAGUUGCAAACGUUAUAUUAGAGAAAGCUCCUUAUAAUUCAAAGUAUACUUCUGCGGACAUUCAAAAAGAAAUUCUUAGUAUUACUGCAAAUAAAGUUCGAAAGCAUAUUCGUAGUGAAGUGGGGGAUUCAUACUUUUGUGUCAUGGUUAAUGAGUCAUGGGAUGAGUCUAAAAAAGAGCAAACGGCGAUAGUUUUGAGAUUUGUUGAUGUGGAAGGAAUCAUACGGGAAAGGUUCUUGAAUUUGGUUCAUAUUAGGGAUACCUUAUCAUUAACCUUGAAAACAAAUAUGUGGAGACAACUUUUACACUAUCAAUUUGAUGUUAGUAAAAUCCGUGACCAAGGUUAUGAUGAUGCUAGUAAUAUGAGAGGGGAAUGGAACGGAUUACAAACACUUGUUCUUGAGGAUUGUCCUUAUGCAUAUUAUGUUCACUGCUUUGCUCACAGAUUGCAACUAGCCUUGGUGGCUGUUUCAAGGGAAAUUAUUCCGGUUCACCAGUUUUUCACAAACUUAAUUUUUACAAUUAACGUAGUUUGUGCUUCCAGUAAGCAUCAUGAUGAGUUACAAAAAGCAAAGGCAACUGAGAUUGAAUAG